UUUUUUUCCUCUGGUUUUUGCCAAUUGAUAUUCAUUUGUCGUUGCCCUGUUGGGGAUAAAUAAGUUUCUUUGAAUACCUAACGGUUGAAGCCUGUUCGCGGAUGUCCUUUUUGAUUUUGAUGUCCAUUUACGGGUUCUAGUAUCGAAUUUGAGAAUCUUUAAGUUUUCAUACCUGAUUUCAAAUUCUAGAUAUAGGAGGUUUCGUUCAGCUUACGCCUGGAAAUAUACAUAGGGAACCAUCAUUUUAUAGAGACUAUAAAUUGUCAAUAUUUCAAAUAUUUAAUUUUUUAGGCUACCUAAACUGGGGUGGACCAGCACACCAACUUUCUGCAGAAGCUUCCCAUCUGGAAAAAUGAAGACCUCACUUGGUCAAGUCCAACAAUUAAUUUUCUAUGACGGAAAGAUGUGAAAUGCGAACCAGUUUAGCUCUAUUAUAAUUUAAAUCAAUAUUAACUUCCACAUCUCUCUUGUCUGUCUCUCAAAAUGGCUCUUCAUCUCUCUCCAAGCUUCUUUUUAUUCUCCAUCACCAUAACGUUCAUCUUAGUCCAUGUUCCAACAUCCGUGUCAACCAUUCAUGCGAAAUAUGAAUACUGUAGCUCCCCUUUUCGCUGUGCAAACUUGGAGAAUAUUGAAUAUCCUUUCUGGGGAGCGAGUAGGCCAGAGUACUGUGGGCACCCGAGUUAUCAUUUGGACUGCGAAGGCGAGGUUGCAGAGAUUACUAUCAUGGAGAGAAGCUACAGAGUGCUUCAUAUCAAUAGCUCUUCCGGCACUCUCACAGUAGCUGUAGAGGAUUACUGGAAUGAUAUUUGUCCCUCAAACCUUGUCAACGGCACUAUAAAUUCCAGCUUCUUUAAUUAUACUUCCGAUACAGGAAAUAUAACGCUGUAUUAUGACUGCCCUCCUCUUGUGAAAGACAUUUCGGCCGCGCUGCUUCCCUUUAAGUUUAAUUGUAGCUUGGAAGAGACAGACACCAAUAAUUACUAUUUCAUAUGGGGCAACGACAGUGUCAAUAGAAACAUCUUAUCUUCCAUUACCAAUUACUUCGAAAGUUGUGGUACCAACGUUACUAUUCCGGUGAGACAGUCUGCAUUUCUUUUUCCCGGAGACAAAUCCAGCUUCGGCAAAAGUGAGUACCGCUCUUAAAGAGGGUUUUGAUUUGCAAUGGUACGCAAAUAAUACCUUAUGUGACCAAUGUAAAGACUCAGGUGGACUGUGUGGAUUUGACACUGAUACUGAUAAAUUCACUUGUUAUUGUCCUGAUAAGCCUUAUUCCUCGACUUGUCCCUCAAAAGGUACAUUCCAUCUCUUUAUUCAUUACUUGUCAUCCUGAGUUUCCUUAAUUUUGUUGAGUUAGGGGUAUUUGCUUUUAGACAGACCCAGGUUCAGAUGAGCAGAAACUUGAAACUUGAUUCCGGGCAUAGCAUAUUCCUCAUAUUGAUGCUAUGUUGUUUCGUUUUUAGAUAAUUUAUUAUAGAAGGGAGUAACCUACAAGAAAUACUAAUCAAAGUUUUAUCCACUUUAGGUUGUAGAAAAAUCUCCCUUUUGUUCAAAGUGUUAACCUUUUCCACCAAAUCCAGAAAAAAUAACUAGAAGACAGGAUGUUUUGUUUCCCAUUUACGUGUUCUUUGCCCUCUAAAACUCUUAAAAGCCAAUCUUCAAAGUUCUCUUUUUCUCACUGAGAGUGUUAUCCAGCAAUCCUCUGCCUGUUGUUUUAGGCCCCUGAAUUCAUAGCAGCUCUUUCCGUGGACGUUCUCAUUAUAGAUAACUCCAACUAGACUGAUGUGGUUUGUGCUUUUUGUUUUUUAACACCAAAACUACAGACUAUGCUUCCAAUUCCAAAUCAGGCGGAUAAUUUUAAAUUACUCCGCAACUAAACAUAUUUUAGUACUCCAGGUCAAACAUGUAUUAUGUGCUCAUAUCACUGGUGACCGUCAUUGACCAAGAGGAAAUUAAGUUAAGGGAAAUUGUCAAACAAAUACUGCUAACACUAUAAUGUAAAGGCAUGGAACUCAAGUAAAAAGGUAUAUAAUAAAUAUCUUAGCUGUUAGCCAUUAGGUACUGGUUUGUUAUUGCUGGCAGCCCAUUGUGAUAUUAUAAUUAUUUUUCCUUAGUAGUUACUAUGGUUUCAUUGACGUGGAGAUUGGGGCCAAGUGAGAACAAAAGUUCUGAUAUCUUAUUAAAGAAUUUGUCAAUAGUCAAUGGCAAUUUCUUGUCCUAUUUGUCUAUAAAAUCUUUGUUCUUGUCCUGUUCAAAUUUUAGUGGCACCAUUGUUGGCUAACAAAAGCAAGCUUCUCAUAUGAGCUGAGCUCUAGACCAAUUUCUGUUUCAUGUUCGUUCAUUUUAGUUCGUGGAAUAAAGCUGAUCUCUAACGAUGAGCUCACAAAAAUUUGAAACUGUAAUACACUAAUACAGUCAUCAGUUUCGGCAGAAAAUUUAAUAACAGCCAUUUCAAUUCUUAAGAAAUACAUAGAAUAGAUUGCAGGUACCAGGGCUCCAUAGUUUCAGUUUCUGAGCUGAAAAAGCUGUCCCUUGUACAAAAGCUCUGCAAACACUUACUUACAAACUAUGGAAUAUGAAUAUUUCAUGACUCCCGGAUUCAGUAGUAAUUGAAAAGGCUAACUUAGUUUUCUUGAUGAUUUAUGGCCUGUAAUGGAGACUGUCUUGAUUGCUACUCUGUUCAUAAAAUGCUGUCUUGACUUUUUGGUUUGUCAAUGGCCUCUAAUUAAUAAUUUUGAAUACAUUCUUUUGGCACAUUUCUACUGUGAGAUAUGCUUUCACCUGCACCUUCUUUCUCGUUUUGGUGGUCAAAAUAUGUGAACUAAGGAUGCAUAGAUCAAUUCUCAACAAAUGAGA